AUGGCCGUCACUAUUACCGGAGUUGCGGGCGCUGGUGGUGUCCGUCUCGAAAUUCGAGAACUCGUGCUCCCCGAAAACGAACAUCUUCGAAAUAUGUACAUCCUCGGUCUCGCAAGAAUGCAAGCAAAACCUGUAAACGAUCCCCGCUCCUGGUACCAGACCUCUGGAAUCCAUGGACUCCCCGACGAAGCGUGGGACGGUUUCGAACUGGCAGGAGGACCAGGGCCAGAACCUGGGUACUGUGUUCACACAACUAAUCGCUUCCCAACCUGGCAUCGUCCAUAUGUCGCGCUGUUUGAGCAAUGUCUGCGUGAUAAUGUCUGGGAGGCUGUUCAAGCUUUCAAUGAACCUCUCAAGACGACCUACACCGCACUCUUGCCCACAUUUCGCGCCCCGUAUCUCGAUCUUGCACUCCCUGGCCCCCCGCCUAGGAUCGUCCUCGGAUCGAAAGAAAUUGUGGUUCCUUCUGCGCCCAAUGGAACCCUGGAGCUAAUCCCGAAUCCACUGUUUAAAUACAAUUUCCCUCCUCAAGCGGCCGCCCCUAAUCCAGCUGAUAUCCGGGGUGACCUCAACGACAUGACCACUGCUACUCAUCGUCAUCCACACGCUGCGAACCCAGCUCGAUCGGUCAAGACAAGACUGGAAUUACUUGCUAGAGGGCUUCCCGCGAGACUGCGUAAUAUGUUCCAGGAAGUCAACUUCGAUAGGCUCGCCACCAGUUGGCGUCCUGCUCUCAAUCCUGACGAUCCUCCCGUGCGUGGGGCUCAUGAGUCAGUGGAGAGCAUUCACGACAGUGGGCACGUAUACAUUGGUGGUGAUGGACACAUGCACUACGUCGAAGUUGCUGCUUUCGACCCCAUUUUCUGGCUUCACCACUGCAACAUCGAGCGUCUUUUCGCCAUGUGGCAAGCAGUGCACCCCAAUACAUACAUGGACAAUGGUCUUGAUAGCGACCUUGUACCCUUCAGGAGGCCUGAGCCUCUAGACGGAGUGUUUAACUCCGAUGACAUCCGUGACCACACAACAUUCAACAGCACCUACAGCGAGCUCGCCGCCGCUGCUCUAGAACAAGUACCUGGUGAAAGGGUUCAACAUGUUCUCGCGGCGAUUCAGCGUUUGUACGGGUCAUACGUGCAAGGGGCGGAGAUAGUGGUGGAGGAGGCAGGCGCGAGAGCAGAAGCGCGAAAGGCGAAAGUAGCAGCGGGGAAAGCGGAGGCAGCAGCACGAGGGGAGGAGGCAGCAGCACGAGUGGCAGAGGCAGCGGCGCGAGUCGCGGAAGCAGCAGCGCGAGCGGCGGGCCCAGCAGCAGCGGACGCAGCAGCGGUAGCGGCGGGGAACGCAGCAGAGCAAGCAGCGAACGCAGCAGCGCAAGCAGCGGGCCCAGCACCGCAGGCGGCGGCCGCAGCGCAAAUCGCGGCUGCAGCAGCGCGAGGAGCGGAAACAGCGGCGCGAGCGGCUGAGGUAGCAGCACGAGUGGCAGAGGCAGGAGCGCGAGUGGCGGAAGCAAUAGCGCGAGCGCAGAACCUAGCAGCGCAAGACGCGGCGAACGUAGCAGCGGUAGCGGCGGGGAACGCAGCAGUGCAAGCGGCGCACGCAGCAGAGGAAGCGGCGGGCACAGUAGCGCAAGCGGCGGGCCUGGAAGAGCAAGCAGUGGACGCAGCAGCACAAGCGGCGAAGGAAGCAGCGCAAGCGGCGGAUGAAGUAGCGCAAGCGGCGGAUGCAGCAGCGGAAGCGGCGAACGCAGCAGCGCAAGCGGCGGGAAGAUCAGGGCAAGCAGGGGACCCAGCAGCGCGAGCGGCGGAGGCAAAAGCGCUUGUGGCGCAGGCAAAAGCGAGUGUGGCGGAGGCAAAAGCGCGGGAGGCGCAGGCAAAAGCGGGAGGGAAUGCGGCAGCAGGGCGACAGGCGCAGGCAGAAGCGCGAGACGCAGAGACAGCAGCGGGAGCGGCGGAGGCAGACGCACGAGCGGCGAAAGCAGACGAGGAAGCGGCGAUUGAAAAAGCGCGAGCGGCGGCGAGCAAGAGCGCGAGUGGUGGCCGCAAGAGCGCGGGUGGCGGCCGCAAAAAUGAGAGCGCAGCAAUGGAUGCGGCGGACAAGGUCGAGCAAGCGGUGGUCGAAGUCUUGGGCGCGGCGGACGCAGUAGCGCAAGCGCAAGAGCAAGAGGCGGACGUGGUCCCGGGAGCGGCGGGCGCGGUAGUGCAAGCGGCGAGCGCAAUCGAGCGGGCGGCGGGCGCGGUAGAACGGGCGGCGGGCUUAGCAGAGCAAGUGGCGGCGGACCCAGCAGCAGCAGCACCCCCGGCGAAAUCAAAAGCGCGAGUGGCGGCGGGACUGGGGCGGGUGGCGGACUUCACCGCGCGAGUGGCGAAGGCAAGAGGGCGAGUGGCGGUCGCAAAGCUGGUGCGGGCAGAUCCACGACCGGCGGAAUCAGCAGCGGAGGGGGAUGAUGCAGUAGCGCGACGGGAGGAAGGAUUGGUGCGAGCGGAGGAGGCAAAGGAAGAAGCCGCAGCGGCGAGGCGGAGAGGAAAACCACCACCACCACCACCGCCAGGAGGCAGCGCGAACAACAACAACAACAACAACAACAACAGCAGCAGCAGCAGCAGCAGCAACAGCAACAACAACAGCAGCAACAACAACAACAGCGCCUCCACAGCCUUUGCCGGGCAUCAAACCUCCAGCAUCUUGAACAUGUCAGCAAACCCGACCCAGCAGCAGGCAACAUCAUGGGGGCUGCCCAACCCCGCCGGCAGUCCGGCUGACGUUAAACGCGCUCUCCAUUACAAGUACCAGGCCGAUGUUAGCGUUCCGAAAUACGCUCUCAAGGACUGCUUCAGUGUCUGCUUCUAUGUCGGUGCUAUUCCUCCAGUCGAAUACGAGCCGAUCAACGAUAGAUAUCUUGCUGGUUCCUUCGAUGUCUUCGCCAGCAACAUCGAGACUACUUCCUGCGAGAAUUGCAGAGACGGUGCGGCCGAGGACGUUAUCGUCACAGGCUCUAUCCCGUUGAACCUCGCACUGGUGGAAUGUCUUGGCGACACUAACACUGAUCCCGCCUGUCCAAAGCUGAAGAGCAUGAAGCUGGAGCAUGUCAGGGGCUUCCUGAAGGAACACUUGGCUUGGAGGGUUCAAUUGCCAAGUGGAAAGAUCCCGGAAAAAGCUGUGCGGGGGCUCAAGAUUGGUGUCUCGUAUGUUGUCGCGGAUGUUCCGGACAGCGAUAGAGAACUCCCUGAAUACAGUGAGCCCGAGAAUCUGUACGAUGUUACAAAGGAGCGCGCCCCCUACGGGAUCAGUGAGGGCCAGGAGGUGUAA